AUGGCUCCUCAUGCAGAGUAUGAUGCGGGUGCCGCAAAUGGUGAUGGGCACAUUGUCAGCGGCACCAAUGGCCACACGGAGCCUCGCGGCGAGCUAUUCACAGUUGACUCUCCCAAUGUUACUUACACCGAGAACGAGAUCCUGUCCAAGUACACCUACCGGACCACGAGCGUCACCAGGAAUGCUGCCGGCAAGUACAUCGCGACCCCGCGUGAGACGCUGUACGACUUCAGGGUGGACCGCAAGGUGCCCAAGGUCGGCAUGAUGCUCGUCGGGCUGGGUGGCAACAAUGGCACCACGGUGACGGCCGGCGUCAUCGCCAACCGCCGCGGGCUGGUCUGGGAGACUCGCGAGGGCCCCCGCGUCGCCAACUACUACGGCUCCGUCAUCAUGGGCUCGACCAUGAAGCUCGGCGCGGAUGCCGAGACCAACAAGGACAUCAACAUCCCUUUCCACGACAUCCUGCCCAUGGUGCACCCCAACGACCUGGUUGUCGGCGGCUGGGACAUUAGCAGCAUGAACCUUGCUGAUGCGAUGGACCGCGCGGCCGUGCUCGAGCCGACGCUCAAGGCUCUUGUGAAGAAGGAGAUGGCUGCCAUGGUGCCCCUGCCCAGCAUCUACUAUCCCGACUUCAUCGCGGCCAACCAGGAGGACCGGGCCGACAAUGUGUUGCUGGGCAGCAAGGCCUGCAUGGAGCACGUCGAGAAGAUUCGCAAGGAUAUUCGCGACUUCAAGUCCCAGCACGGCCUGGACAAGGUCAUUGUCCAGUGGACCGCGAACACUGAGCGUUAUGCCAACAUCAUCCCCGGCGUCAACGACACUGCCGACAACCUCCUCAGGUCGAUUGAGCAGGGCCAUGAGGAGAUCUCCCCCUCCACCGUCUUCGCGGUCGCCUGCAUCCUCGACAAGGUGCCCUUCAUCAACGGCUCACCGCAGAACACGUUCGUGCCCGGCGCAGUCGAGCUCGCGGAGCGCCACGGCGCCUUCAUUGGCGGCGACGACUUCAAGUCCGGGCAGACCAAGAUGAAGUCGGCCCUUGUCGACUUUUUGAUCAACGCGGGCAUCAAGCUGACGUCGAUCGCGAGCUACAACCACCUGGGCAACAACGACGGCAAGAACCUCAGCUCCCACAGGCAGUUCCGGUCCAAAGAGAUCUCCAAGUCGAAUGUUGUGGACGACAUGGUCGAGGCCAACUCGGUGUUGUACAAGAAAGGCGAGCACCCAGACCACACCGUCGUCAUCAAGUACAUGCCGGCGGUCGGUGACAACAAGCGCGCCCUGGACGAGUACUAUGCGGAGAUCUUCAUGGGCGGACAUCAGACGAUUUCUAUUUUCAAUGUCUGCGAGGAUUCCCUGCUCGCGUCGCCGCUGAUCCUGGAUCUCGUCCUCGUCACCGAGAUGAUGACGCGCAUCCAGUGGCGGGCUCGUCCUGCUGCCGCCGCCGGCCCCACCAGCCAGGACGACGGCGACUUCAAGGGCUUCCACAGCGUGCUCAGCAUCCUGAGCUACAUGCUCAAGGCGCCGCUGACGCCGCCAGGCACGCCCGUCAUCAACGCCCUCGCCAAGCAGCGCGCCGCGCUGACCAACAUCUUCCGCGCGUGCGUCGGCCUCGAGCCCGAGUCUGACAUGACGCUUGAGCACAAGCUGUUCUAG